AUGAAUGUUGACGGCUUGUAUCGCACCCUGACCGAAUGGCGUCGCACACACCUGGACCCGCUCUUCCGGGUUGGGUCCAUCAAAGGUGUGCCGACCAAGAAUAGCAUCAGCGGCCAGAUGACCAACCCGGUUGUGCUGUACGGUGCCGUGUUUGUGGUCGGCGCCAUGGCCACCUUUAUGUUGGUGCUCGCCAUCCUCACACCAUCCUAUCGGACAUCGGGCAACAGCCGCUUGCCACUCAUCGCCGCGCAGCGGGUCAACGAGCACGCAGCCAGGCGAUCUCACGGCCUCAUCUUCUCACGCCAGAGUGGGCCAAUGACCAGCGAGGGGGCGCCACUGCUGUGCCUCUACGACCGAAACACCAAGCGGAAGAGGGAGCCCGUGAGAUAUCAACUCCUGAAGCAUCUGCCCGCCAGAUUCUGCUCGCAUCUGGUGUACGGUUUCGUGAGCCCGUCCGACCUGAACAACAGCUCGUCAGGCAGUUCCUCCCAGGCGGGACCCAUGGCGGACGCCGAACGCCACAUUCGGCAGAUGACGCAGCUCAAGCAGCUGUACCCGACACUCAGAGUACUCGUCGGUGUCGGUGGACCGAAGGUUGACUCCAAGUCAUUCUCGGAUGAGCUCAUUACCGAGGGACGUCGCGAACACCUAGCUCAACGCAGCGUCCGCUGGCUGCGCUCCCGCCGCCUAGAUGGCAUGCACAUCCAGUGGAUGUAUCCGGGAGAGGGCAACGGCCGACCUUCAGACAGAGAGAACUUUCCGAAGCUGCUCGCACAGAUCAGGAGCGCCUUCAAGGCUGAGAGCAGCCGGUGGCACCUGACCCUCUACCUUCCGCAUGAGGACAGCCGGGUGGACCGCGGAUACGAACUGCGCAAUGCCAUGAGUUCGGUGCACUACGCGGUCAUGGGCUCGUUUGGGUUCGUGGAGCCCGGCCAUGCCGAGGUGUCCAGCCCACUCUACAACCGGCCGCCGAUCGGUGAUCACUCACCCAUCAACAGCAUCCAUGAACUCGUCGUCCUGUUGCUGGAUCGGGGAGCUCCAAGCAACAAGCUGUUGCUAGCCGUGACCGCCUCUGGAUACAGCUAUGCACUCGCAAGGGCCGACACUGACGUGCGUGCCCCUCUACGUGGCGGCGAUGGCCGUGGUCAGGCUGGACCGUUCACCCUGACGCCAGGCCGGCUGGCUUACUUUGAGAUCUGUUACAACGUGUAUCGAAACAGCUGGGCACGAGUGUUUGAUGCUGCUACGUCAUGCCCGUAUGCCUACCAUGGACAGGAGUGGGUCACCUAUGACGAUGCCGACUCGGUCAGGGCAAAGGUGGCCUUUCUGCGGAACAAGACUCUGGGCGGUGCGGCACUCAUGGACGUGGCGGCCGACGACUACAUGGGCAUGUGCGGACCCCGAAACGUACUGGCACGUACCUUGCGCUCGGCGCUGAAGCACUACUCGCCUCCAGCGCCCUCGAGCUCGUCGUCCAGGGCAAAGAAAGGAGCGGCGGUGCAACGUCAGAAGCACCACCCACGGGUCGCUCGGCAGUUCGGCAAGCGGCACUUCGGCUAG